CCUACAGUAGCCUAGGCCAGUAAGCCUUCCGGGUGCCAGGUAUAAAAUGAGUGAGGCUCUUUGCCAACCUUAGAAGAAUAAGAAGAAGACCAUGUGCUUGUUGCAAAUAGAGAAAAAAGACGGAUCUGCUUUUGUACACGGACCAAAUGUCAUGCAUGUGAGAAUGCUGUGCAUAAUUCUCAUUCUGGCAUCUUUUUCAGGGCCCUCUGUGUGCAAGAUUUACCCAGGGAAAGCUAGGGUGGGUGAGUCUGCAACCCUCACCUGCAAUAUGUCAUGUGCUGGGAGAGAGGUAAAGUGGGAGAAGAAGAUAAAUGAGUUUCAGACCGUUGCGGCCUGUGACCAAGGACAAUGCAAAGGGAGUAUGGGGCUUGAGAACAGGACUAACCUGUCCACAGACAAUUUCUCCCUCGUCAUCUUGGACUUUCGGCUCCGUGAUUCAGGCAUGUUUAUUGGUUACUGCUAUGGCAAACAAAUCUGUGAUGUGAAUCUUACAGCAGAAGCUCAUCAAAAUGCCUUAGAAAAGAAGGCUGGCGACUUUGCCUUGUUCCCCCUGUUAAAUCAUGGGGACACGGUGCAAGUAAUGUUAAGCAACAGCUCGGGCAAUUUUUCCAUAUGCAUCUUCGACAAGGGGACAGCACACUUAAAUCUGGACUUUGGGAAUAGACAGAAAGUCACCAAUGGUUCGCUGGUGCUAGGAGAUUUGACUUUGAAUGACAGUGGAGUAAUCACUGUAAUGGACUACAUGAGUAAACAACUCAUCCGUAUCUGCAAUUUGACUGUAAUUGGACCUGCCAUUGAUGACUCCUGGUUUGGGAUUCUUAUUCAUCUUCCGCGAUUAUUCCACUAUUAUUUACUUGCCGCUGGCUUUUUUGGCUUUUUUGUUUGCUGUUCUGUUGUCCUUCUUGUAUUUGCAGCUUGGCAUUUUUGUAAACGGAUAUGGCCCAGGCUGAUCCGUGGAUGGGCAACAGCAGUUCCCACAGACCCCGUAUCUAACCUUUAAUGUUCAAUAUUCCCAUAGAGGAUUUAAGGGGGCCAAACCCAUAUGUGAAUCAGCUGGUUGUGUGCGUAUACGUCUGUGCGUCUUACAGUAUAAUCUGUUAUUUUUUACCAUUCUCUGUUUGUAAAUUCUGCAGUGUCUCUUAAGGGAAUUUUCUUUUGGCUUUUAUGAUCCUUUCAUUAAUAGUGUUAACAUACUGUAUGUGACCCUGCAAAGCGAAACCAGUCGUUUCGGUAAAAUUCAAAUUAAGCUAUUGUGCUCACGUUUAACAGUCAAGACGUAUAUUUUUCCGUGAAAUUAGUUCAUGAUAUGAAACUGUAUACUGUCGAAUUAUACGAAAACGUGAAAUUCAACAUUUUAACCCGGAAGUUUGUUAAUUGUGGAUUUUCUCAAAAUAACGUUGUGCGCAAAGCAACUGAUUUGUGUUAGACAAUUGUAAUUGUUAGACAAUUAUAUUUGUUUAAAUAUGUUUUUGUUUGUAUUUUUUUAUUAUUUCAGUUUAAGUUAAUAGCAAUGAUGAAAUAGACACUUUUAUUUUGAGAAUUUGGUACUCAUGCGAAAAGACGCAUUGGUAGAGAGCGUUAGAAGGAUCAAAGAAGCAUGGUUGUCUUCAGAAGAUUUAGACAUUUUGCCACUAAUAACCUUUGUUAAUGACUUUUGAUCUGUAAGCACAACAUUUUUAGAUGAAGAUAUUUGCAUACUGAAUUUAGGUUUGCACGUGUCAAUUUCUUUCCCGAGUGCUUCUGGAAUGACACAGAUGCUGGAUCUGCUGCCAUAACAGGUUGUACUUUGUCAAUUCUACCCCAAUUUGUAUGGAAGUGGUGUGGUGAGUGUUAUAACUUUUGUAUAGAGCAAUAUGUGAAAUCAUAACCAUUGUGCCAUUACUGUAUAUGUUUCAUUUGGACAAAUUGUUUUCAAUACACAGUCCUGAUGCACAUAAUGCAGGUUGAGUGAAGGUUUAAUUUUUGUGUAAGCCACAAGUAUAGUGCUGUGAUGCCAGUAGGGAAUUGAACACACAAAUAGAAUUUUAUUUUUUCUGUUAUUUUUUUUUUUUUUAAUGUUUUUAAGAGGUAUAUUAAGGAUAACAAAUGUAAUUGUACCUUAUUGUAUUUGCAUUAUAAUAAGAUAGAUAAACAUUAAAA